GCUCCCCCACGCUCCCCCACGCUGCCCCAAGAUGGCGGCGCCCUUGGCGCUGCAGCUGCAGGAGCUGCUGGACCCCCGGCCCGGCCCGCGGGACCCCGAGGAUGAUGCGGAGGAAGCUACAGUUGCUAAAGUGAUUGACAGAUUUGAGGAUGAAACCACGGAUGACAUUUUGCCUGUUGGCAAUAUCAGGAAAAGAGCUUCAGCCUCUCUCCUGGAAGCUGAUAAGAGGUACAGUGGAAAAGCCACAUCUCGGAAAGCUUUGCAGGCAGAGCUCUGGGGAGAUGCUCUGUCUGAAGAAGGAUCUGCUGAAGAUGAAUUAGAUGACUGGUACAGUGACACUGAAGGCUCAGAAGAGGAGGACAGUGCUGGCACUAAGGGCAGGGAGAGGCCCAGCAGUGCUGGCAGUGAGCAGGAGGAUGACUUGGAGGAUGAUGAAGAGGAGGAGCCCCCUGCCCAGGCCAAGGCACCAAAGUUCAGCUUCCAGAAUAUCACCGACUUGGAGAAGUUUACAGAGGGGAUGGAUGAUGCAGGGAGCAGUGAAGGGGAGGAUGAAGAUGAGGAUGAGGAUGAUGCUGACAUGGAAGAAGGAAGUGAGGAGGAGGAGGAGGAAUUUGGGAGUGAAAACCACGAUGAUGGCAAAGAAACCAAAGACAGCGAAGAUGAUGGGGGAGUGCUGACCUUCUCCAGAGGACAGGAGUCUGCAGAAGUGGAGAAGGGCAAAGCUGUGAGGAACCAGCUAGCCCUGUGGGAUCUGCUGAUGGAAGGGAGGAUCAAGAUGCAGAAGGUGCUCCUGACAGCCAACAGGCUGCCCCAGCCAGACACCUACCCCAGGUUCAGGAAGGAGGGGGGACAGGACUUUGACAACGCUGUGGAGAACUGUUGUAAAGCCCUGGAGGCCUUGCUGAAAGCGCUGGUGGAACUUCAGGAUGAGCUGCUUUAUCAGUACCCAGGCACCAGGCAUCUGGUGGAUGGAAAGCAAGCAAAAACUGAGAGUGAGGAUGAAAUCCCAAGCAGCAGCGAUGAGGAGCCCGGGAAGAAGGCUCAGGAGAAGAGGAGGAGCCUCCCCAAAAGGAAACUGAAGUUUGAGGAGUACCCUGAGUUCAUAGCCAAGCGCUACAGGGACUUCAGGACCUACAGGAACAGCACCCUGCAGAAGUGGCACGACAAGACAAAGCUGGCAACUGGCAAAAUGGGGAAGGGUUUUGGAGCCUUGGAGCGCUCGGUGCUGGCGCAGAUCGAGCACGUGCUGCUGGACAGGGAGCGGCUGCUGCGCCGCACCCAGACCCGCCGCUCGCUCUACACCGUGCUGGGCAAGCAGGAGCAGCAGCCUGAGCCUGGCCCUGAGCCUGAGCCUGGGCCUGACACCUCGGAAGUCCUCCCUGCCUCAGACUCCAACAGGCACCUGAAGGACAUCGAUGAGGAGAUAUUUGAUGAUGAUGACUUUUAUCACCAGCUGCUGCGAGAGCUGAUCGAGCGUAAAACCACAUCCCUGGACCCCAACGACCAGGUGGCCAUGGGCAGGCAGUGGUUGGCCAUCCAGAAGUUACGGAGCAAAAUCAAGAAGAAAGUGGACAGAAAAGCCAGCAAGGGAAGGAGAAUCCGGUACCAUGUCCACAGCAAGCUGGUGAGCUUCAUGGCACCUCUUGACCUCUGCACAAUGAAUGAUGAUGCCAGGACGGAGCUUUAUCGGUCGCUGUUCGGGAAAGUCGCGAACGGAGAAGAACCCGAGCAGGAUUAGGGUCUGCAUGGAGCUCCUGGUGUUCUCCAGCUGCUCCUGGUGUUCUCCCAGCUCCUCCUGGUGUUCUCCAGCUGCUCCUGGUGUUCUCCAGCUGCUCCUGGUGUUCUCCAACUGCUCCUGGUGUUCUCCAGCUGCUCCUGGUGUUCUCCAGCCCCCUCAGCCUGCCCAGGAGCUGAGCCAGCCUCGGGUUUGUCCCCAAAAUCCUCCCUGAAGGAGCAGCAAGCGCUGCUAAAUCAGAGAGAAGUGAGCCCUGUCCAGGCUGGAAUGCUUCCUCCCUAAGACAAUCCAUUUUGAACUAUUCCCUGUCCAUUCCUGACCUUGAUUUUGCAGCCUGGGCAGAGUGCUGGGGGUGGGACACAACCCAGCCCCCCCUGCAGCUGGAUCCCCCACGGGUUGUUUGUGUUGAACCCUUGGAGAUUUGGGGGCUGGGGGGGUUCAGUGCCCUGUUCUGGUGCUUGGCUGCAUGCUGGGAGUGUGUGCCUUCAUUUUUCACCAGUCAAGAGGAUUUAAAUGUCAUUUCCAUAAUUAACAUGGCCUUAAAACAGAGGAAAGGUGCUCCUGUGCAGGCCCCAGAGCUCCCAGCUCUCGUUGUGCUUGUUGAACAGGCACAGGGACAUUUGGUGCCCCUGAUAAAGGGAUGUUGAGCAUCCUGGGGCUUCUCCAGCCCAGCUCUGAUCCUGCACUCUCAGAUCUUGCAGCUCUGGGCCAGGAUGCCAGCACACGACUGAGGUGACUCCAUGGUAGGAAAUCCCACAGAGGGAAUUUGGGAGCUGCCCUGACCAGAACUGAGGUUCCCUGGUGUCACUGAUCCGUGUCACAGCCAGGGCCUGUCCCACUGAGUUUCCCUGUCCCUGCCUGGGCUUUGGGCACUCCAGUUGAAAAGGUUUGUGAGCUGCUGGUCCUGCUGUGAUGGUGCAGGAGAGGGCCCAGAGGUGACAGGAGGCAGAGCAAGGGGGAGGCUGUGGUGGAACAGAUCUGCCAGGGUGAGUAAAUCCCUGCUCCUGGCAGGGCAGCAGGGCUGCAGCUCCCAGGGAAGAGCUUUGAUUUCCCUUCCCUCCCUCCUUCCCCAGCUCUGUGGUCCAGGCAGAAAAGCAGCUGGAGUUUGGGAUCCAGUGAUGGGAUCAGUGGGGUUUCAGUGCCCCCACGUCCAGCAGAGCCCAGCACAGCCCCAGCCAGGAGCUGAUUUUUGUCACCUGCUUUGGAUCAGCUCAGGUCAGCACUCCCCAUCCCAUGGCAAACCCUGGCAGUGUCACCUCCUGUCCCCAAGGGAGAUUCUGUCCCCAGAACCUCGGUGUAACCCUGGAGCUCUGCGUUUUUGGGGUGCUGGGGGCUCUGCCACCCUCCCUGUGCCUCCUGUGUCCUCUGCACCUCCGGGGCUCUCGGGGUUUGGUUUUUUUUUCUGUUCCCUUCCCGGCUGUAAUGUUAAAAGGGUAAUAGGAGCCACUUUAAAUGUGAUAACUUCUCGCCGGUAUUGUUGGAGGAGAUAAGAGCCCGAGCCGAGCUCAGCAGCGCUUUUGAAUUCACUUAUCAGUGUUUGAGCAGGCGCUGCCUGUCCCCAUCCCUGCCACCACCUGGGCCGGGGGACACGGGGGACACGGGGACAGCCUGGCCCGGGGGAGCAGCUCUGACCUUGCACAGAGGGCAGGACAAGGGCUGGACCUGGAAAAGUGCAAAAAUCCCCCAGGAGCAGCCCUGAGGGGCUCUGACAGCUCCCAGAGCCUGGGGACAGCAGGGACAGGGGCUCUGUGUCACCCUGUGUGUCACAGGUGAGGGGGACACACACAGAACCUGAACUCCACCAGGAUUUCCUCAUGCUGCCAAUUCACUGCGAGAUCUCCUCUCCCCCAUCAACGGAAUAUUAAUUCUUUAUUAAUUCAUGAUCCAGCUGCUCAUUAGCACCUCCACAAAUGGGCACCACACCUCAGCAAAGCACUCAGAGGUGUUUUGGGGACGGGGCUGUGCACAGGGAGGGACACAGGGCUGUGUUAAUCCUCUCCCCCAACCCCGCCACAGCCAAGAAUUUCAACUUUCAGACAAACAACUUCAUUUACAAGUGUGUCUCUAAUUAGCUGCAGAAUUAGUAAAGCAGAGUUUUCCCCCCAUAGAUCGGCCAGAGCCCCGGGGGAGGCUCUGGAAUGGAGAGAAUCGCAUUUCCAAUUAUUUUGUUGAAUUGCUAAUUUAGUUAUUGUGCCUGCCGUAAUUGUGAUGGGUAUUGGGUGUGCAAUUCAAUUUGUUUUAAAUAUUUGUGGGAAGGCUGAUCAGUAAUGGAGCUGACCUAUUUCAUGGCCCAAAGUGAGAGAAGAGACUAAAACAAAAACCAGCUACAAAGCCCCAGUUUGUCUCAGUUUUUAUUUUGAUGUCUCUCAUCCCUCUUAAGACUGUUGAUGCAACAAAAGGUUUACAUUAAAAGAUGAUGGCACUUUGAUCUUGGGCUUUGGAGAGCUUA